AUGUCAACAGAAGACUCAGAUACAGUUGCAUUCUCGUACAUUGGCACUGCAGAAACAAUAUUUGAUCUCAAAAUACUUGGGGACUUUUGCGCCACCAAUGCUCCCCGGACGAGACGCGUGGUUCAGGAAGAAUACAACCGGCAGUUCUCAAACGGAGUCAAUUUUACUUUCAUACAGUGCGGAGAGGAUGUUCUCACACCACCCAUGGAUUGGCUGGGAGAUGGUGAAGACGAUGCCGGUACUUUCAAAGUCUUCCGACCUCAAGAAGCUGACAACCCUUAUGUUCAACUCAAAGUCGGCCGGAUAAGUAGAGGCGAGAAAGUCUUUGAGCUCCACGUGUUUUACAGGCACUUGAAAGUCACUACUGGCUAUAUUGGGCUAUUGAAUAUCAUGAUCAAACUGGAUGUGCCGUUUAUUAUCCGAGAAUUGCUCCUUUUCAGAUGUAAGGCACACGCAGCGUUGAGUGAAGUAUACGAAAGUCAUCUCGCACAAGACUCCGUAACUUCUCUAAACCAUUACCUCCAACAAAUGCGGGAUUUAGAGGAGCUCUUAGGACGGCGAAGCUUCGAAGACGAGACCGUGCUCCUUACCAAAGUUGAAAGUGUCUACAGAUUGUCUGGAAGUAUUCAUUUCCUCAAAGCUUUCGUCUCGGUAUCCACCACUCGCUCGAAGCCGGCAGGCCGUGAGCUUGCCUAUACAAUAAGGGAUGACAAUAUUGUCGACAUGGAUAAUUUGUAUUGUGAAUGGGCCGGAUGA